CACCAAGAUCAUGGCUAGAAUAUAUCGCAACCCCGAGAAACCCAUUCUUGAUGUCCCGAAGCUGGACCUCUUGACACUGCUGUUUGAGACCGAACACUCUGUGGCCCAGGACGACACCGUCUUGCAUCAGGAGGCAGCGAACCCGUCGAAUAAGAUCACCAAGAAGGACCUUCUGAACCUCACUCAGCGGAUCGCCCACGGUCUACGGCAUCACUAUGGCGUUGGUGCCAGUGGCCCCAACAAGGAUGUCAUCACGGUAAUCAGCUAUGGCCAACCCUUGGUACCAGCAGCAUUUUAUGGCACCAUCGCUGCUGGCGGAGUGUAUUCUGCCGCCAGUCCUUCGUCCACGGUAGCGGAUCUGGCUCGACAGGUCACCGUCGGUACCAGUCGCCUCAUUAUCUGUGGAUCGGAACACAAAGACGUGGCGACCCAAGCGGCGAAACAGUGCAACCUUCCAUUGGAGAGAGUCCUGGUCCUGGAUUCCAGUCCUUCGUGGAGCCUGACCAGUAUAGAUGGCCGGACCAAUGUCCUCUCCGACCAGACUCUGAAGUGGGAGCGCAUCACAGACCAUGCGGCAUUGAAGAAGAGUCUCAUUGUGAUCCUGUGGUCCUCCGGCACAACCGGCCUCCCCAAGGGCGUCAUGAUCUCCCACGAAAAUCUCGUGCAAGAGGUAGUUGUGACAUCGAUGGCCGGAAGAGAAUGGGCCGCGAAGCAGAUUGAAGCCGGGAAGGAGCUCAAGCCAUAUCGGACUCUUGCUCACCUCCCCAUCAGUCACAUUGCCGGCUUGUUCGGGUAUCUCGUGGCACCCUUCUAUUCUGGCGGGUUGGUUGUGUGGAUGCGCAAGUACGAGUGGAAGCAACUGUUGAAGUACGUGAAAGACUACGAAAUCACCGCCUUAUACACCGUCCCUUCCAUAUAUCUCCGGAUAUCCAAGUCACCCGAGGUGCAGGACCACUUCAAGUCGCUCGAUGCCGCCACAACCGGCGCGGCCCCAAUGGACGGCGAUUUGCAAACGGCUGCAAAUGCGAAACUGGGUCAAGGCGAGACCUUUAUCGGUCAGACGUGGGGUUUGAGCGAGACAACAGGCGCGGUGACAAUGAUGCCACGGGGGCAAAGUGAUACGACGGGCAGCAUUUCUCCGAUCCUCCCCAAUGUGGAACUCAGAAUGGUCGAUGAGAACUACAACGACGUUGAGCCAGGUCAGGAAGGUGAGAUGCUGGUUCGCAGUCCGCUCGUCACGCAAGGCUACUUCAACAACCCUCAAGCCACGAAAGAAGCGUUCCACGACGGCUGGUUCUGCACCGGCGACAUUGGAAUCUUGCGUAAUGGCAAGUUCUAUAUCGUCGACAGAAAGAAGGAGCUCCUCAAAUACAAGGGCCUCCAAGUAGCGCCCGCCGAGAUCGAGAAUUUGCUCUUCACGCACCCCAAGAUCCAAGAAGCCGCCGUCGUCGGCGUCAACAUGCCAGACGACCCCGGCACCGACCUCCCACGGGCGUACGUCGUUGCCGAUCCCUCCGAAAUCAGCGAGGAGGAGAUCAAGGACUUUGUCAAGCAGCGCCUGGCGCCGUACAAGCAGCUGCGUGGAGGCGUGGUCUUUGUCAAGGAACUGCCAAAGAACGCCGUCGGGAAGUAUCUGCGGAGGGAGCUGCGGGACCGGGCGAAGAGGGAGUUGGGACUGGUCAAACAGGCCAAAUUAUGA